UGUACAAAGUCCCUUUUUAUGCCUGUCUGUUGUGCCUGGAUUGCUCCCUCUAGUGUGGUGCGGUGUCUCUCUUCCCUGCACCCCUUUCACUGACUGCAGGCAAACCCCCUAGUUUGCGCCGCGGGGUGGGGAGCUAUGACCCAAGUGGAGAGAGAGAAAUUCGGGGACUUGCCCGCUGGCGGAGGGACUGUGGAGAAAUUCCGGCUCAAAUCAGACACCGUUAAAGUGGAAGUGAUCUCCUUAGGCUGCAUCGUCACCGCCUUGGAGACGAAGGGCAGGGACGGGAAGUUCUCAGACAUUGUUCUAGGCUUUGACCAUUUGGAAGGGUACAUCAACAAGCACCCCUAUUUUGGCGCUGUUGUUGGACGAGUUGCUAAUAGAAUUGCCAAAGGGAAGUUUGUGGUGGAAGGAAAACAGUAUCAGUUAGCCAUCAACAAUGGACCCAACAGUUUGCAUGGAGGAAUAAAAGGUUUUGACAAGGCUCUCUGGAUCGCGGAAGUGCUGCCAGAUGGUGUGCAGUUUUUUAGAGUCAGUCCAGAUGGUGAAGAGGGAUACCCUGGUGAGCUGAAAGUAUGGGUGACGUAUACUCUCAAAGGUGGGGAGCUAACGAUAAAUUACAGAGCUCAAAGCAGCAAGACCACACCAGUCAACCUGACAAACCAUGCGUACUUCAAUCUUGCAGGCCAGGGGUCACCCAACAUCUAUGACCAUGAAUUUACGGUAGAGGCAGACUCUUACCUGCCUGUGGAUGAAACUCAGAUCCCUACAGGAGAAGUUGCUUCCGUGCAGGAUACGGCUUUUGAUCUGAGAAAGCCUGUUGAACUUGGACGGCACCUGCAGAAGUUUCAGCUCAAUGGGUUUGACCACAACUUUUGUCUGAAACAGACAAAAGAAAUGCGCUUCUGUGCAAGGGCUUACUAUCCCCCUAGUGGUAGGAUGAUAGAGGUUUACACAACACAGCCUGGGAUUCAGUUUUACACUGGAAACUUCUUAAAUGGCUCUCUAGUAGGCAAAGGAGGCUGUGUGUAUCCCAAGCAUUCGGGCUUCUGUCUUGAAACACAGAACUGGCCAGAUGCAGUAAAUAAGAGCCAUUUCCCAGAUGCCCUGCUACACCCAGGAGAGGAAUACCAGAACACAACUUGCUUCAAGUUCAUUGUAUCUUAAGAGAGAUCUGUAUAAGAAAGUGAUCAGAUUCUAAAUUGCACAUAUACCUUGACGAUCAUUACAUGUACUCCUUCCCUCAAAAACAUGAGUAUUCAAGUUGUUUUAUCUGAUUCACAACUAAACUCUUGUUUUAGUGAACUCAUGUGCCUCUUUCCUCUAUUCAAAUUGCUUAUUUUAAGCUGCCUCUUUAAUACAUUGAAACACUAUUAACAUCCAUAGCAUGGAGGAAAUUUGCACACUGUACUUCAUUAUGGUUGAAAGAUGCAUCUGCAGCAGGCUUAAAUGUGCAGCUUUUGUCUCUGUCUUAGGUAAGCCACUGUCCAUGAUUUGCAUUGCAAAAGUACAAAUGAAGAUUGCAGAGGUGAUACUUAAAACUGGGGGCUCUCAUAUUUAACAGAAGGCUAGCUGUCACAGCAGCGUAGUAUCCCUGUUAUUGGCUGUUGACUGUUGAAGUGGCAGACUUUUUGGGACCUGGAAUCCUCAUGUAAAUUGCUUUGAUAAGCUGUAUGUUUGAAAUAAAGUUAUUAAUGCUG